AUGAAUCGUUCACUCCACGGCAUUGAAAACGCGCACGCACGCGCGCGCGCACACCCACUCUUAGGACAAGAAAUCAUGCGUCAGAAUCCCGGAUAUUCGGCUGGCUUGUUUCGUUCACGUCCUUUUCGGGGAGAGGGGAAUUUCAGUUUACAAAGAAACACGACCGAGAAGCACCCAAGGUGGAGCAGGAGCAGGAGCAAAGGGUCCCCUGCCGCUCCGGGUGGGGAGGAGGAAGAGCACAGAGGAGACGCCGGCGGCGGGCGGCCGCGGAGCAGCCCCCAGCCCCUCGAGCGAGCCGCCGCUCCGCCGCCGCAGAAGCCCGCGCACCUACCCACCGGGGCGGCCGGAGGGCCUGAGCGCCGGAGCCGGGAAGCGCGGGAGCCCGGGAGCGCGGGAGCCCGGCGGCCGGGGGCGCCAGCCCCUCGCGUACGGCAGCAGGCGCCGGUGUGA